AUGAUUAUUGACUCAGGUUCCAGUGUGAACUUAAUUGAUAAAAAUACCUUUGAAAGAAUUAGAAGCAACAAUCCUAAUUUAAUAAUCAAGAAAUCAUCAACAACCAUCUUUCCAUAUGCUUCGAAGCCUUUAAAAUUAUUAGGUUGUUUCAAAGCUGAAAUUGAAGCUAAAAACAAAAUAAAUACAAACAAUAUAUAUAUCGUAGAUAAAAAUGAUGUUGGAAAUAUAAUAGGAAUUGAAACUGCUAAGGAAUUGAAUAUUUUAAAAAUUGCAGAAAGUGUUAAGUUUGUGAAUAAUAAUGAACACUAUAUGAAUUCAGUGGGUAAUAAGUCAGUUGAAGCUGUACAGCACUCUAACGUGUGUAAAAACAAUGAUGAUAAAAUCAAACUUCCAACGAAUCAAAAUGUUUUGAGCAUAUUGAUUCAAAUUGUAAAGUCACUUUAA